GAUGGAGCAGCAACGGUCACCGGUGGUGGAGCCGCAGGAGGGGAACUUGGAGCGCAGACUGCGAGACCUGACCUUAAAAUGGUUCACUGACACGCAGGCCCCUCUCAUAGCACGUGAUGGCACCGUCCCACCCUGGUUCCAAGGGUACAUCAGCAGAAAGGAAACUGAAGAUCUGAUGAAAGAUCAGCCAGAGGGGUGCUUUCUCAUCCGCCUGAGUGACAAAGCUAUUGGCUACAUUCUCUCCUACAGAGGGCAGGAUCGAUGUCGCCACUUUGUCAUAACGCAGAACAAGUCCGGGCAGUUCGCCGUCUCUGGAGACACGAAGACUCACGACAGCCUGGCCAACCUGAUUGAGUACUACAAGAGCUGCCCCAUCGAGCCCUUUGGAGAGAAACUGACCACUUCCUGUUUUCAGACCCCCAGCAGCGAGGUGUAUGACGUGGUCCAGGUUGACCUGAAGGACAGGCCAACUGUCAGCAUGAAGGCCAUGAAGGCCAUGAAGGACAUGUGGAGCAUCCGCACCCCCCACCAUGGUCCUGAACACUCACCUGACCAUGCACCCAACAACGCCCCUGACCAUGCCUCUGAUCGGAAAUUCAACUGCACCCCUGACCGUACACCCAACUGCACCCCUAACCACACACCCAACCGCACCCCUGACCGCACACCCAACCGCACCCCUGACCGCACACCCAACCGCACCCCUGACCGUACACCCAACUGCACCACUAACCACACACCCAACCCCACCCUUAACCACACACCCAACUGCACCCCUGACUGUACACCCAACUGCACCCCUAACCACACACCCAACCCCACCCUUAACCACACACCCAACCGCACCCCUGACCGUACACCCAACCGCACCCCUAACCACACACCCAACCCCACCCUUAACCACACACCCAACUGCACCCCUGACCGUACACCCAACUGCACCUCUAACCACACACCCAAUCCCACCCUUAACCACACACCCAACCGCACCCCUGACCGUACACCCACCCGCACCCCUGACCGCACACCCAACCCCACCCUUAACCACACACCCAGCUGCACACCAUACCAGGACUGCCCUCCAGCACUACCACCCAAGACCUGCAACAGGAGGGCAGCCCCUACAAUUUCUUAUGACUUGAACACUCCUCCAGAGAUACUACCCCGGCAGCCCAGAGGGGGCGCUGCUCUGAGAAAUUCACUGAGUAGCUCUCUGAAUUCUCAGUUAGUGCAUAACAAGAGCAACACCAAGAUUCAACCCCAGCUGACUGAACAGAAGAGUCUGAAAAUUUCCCCAACCACCCAUUUGAAUACCUGCAAUGCUGGUCUGGGUGGUGGGUCCCUCCCCUGCAUCCAACCCAAUUCCCAGGAAGUCAAGCCCACAGGUGGUGUGGUCCCGGCAAUGGGCACGGUGUACUCAGAGCUGAACCUGGAGACUUUCCGGAGUGUUUCCUUACCUAUCCUUGACAAUAGCCAGGGGAUGCAGCACCCCUACAGGCAGACCGCCUUCAAUCCCCCAAAACUGCCAUCCAGCCCCUGCAAGCGAGCUACCUGCCAGACCUAUUCCCUUCUGGACCCACGAGAGCACUGUCUCCAGUGGGCUGCCCAGGGCCUGCCCAGCAGCAGCAGCCUGGACAAGCUGAACAUCAACCCCCUGUACCAGACCACUUGGGAGGACUGUCAAUGGGCGCCCCACAGCUGCAUCCCGGGCCCUGUGGAGCCCCGCCAUCCUUCUGGGUCCCAGCAGGACCAGGACACCUACGACCAAGUCCCCCACGAGAUCCCACCUGCCCGCUUCCUCACUGACAACACCUAUGAGCUGAUCCCAGAUCAGAGCUUCCAGGGAAGCUCCCGCACCCACCCGUCCAUCAGCAACACUUAUGAGCUGAUCCAAGAUCAGUGCCUCAAGGAUGAUCUCAACAGCAACACAUAUGAGACGCUCAAUGACCUGCAGCCCAAACACUCAGAAUCUGGUUUGGGAAUAAAGGUAGGGCCACCAUAA